GCGCGGCGCGCCCGGACCCCGCGGACCCGAGCGGCGGCGGCGGCGGCGGCGGGAGCCCGGGCUGCCGAGGCGGGCGGAGGGAGGCGGCGGCUCGCGGAGACGCAGAGCGGCAGCGGCAGCAUGUCGGCCGGCGGAGCGCCAGUCCCGCCGCCCCCGAACCCCGCCGUGUCCUUCCCGGCGCCCCGGAUCACUCUGCCCGCCGGUCCGGACAUCCUGCGGACCUACUCGGGUGCCUUCGUCUGCCUGGAGAUUCUGUUCGGGGGCCUCGUCUGGAUCUUGGUUGCCUCCUCCAACGUUCCUCUACCUCUGCUGCAAGGAUGGGUCAUGUUCGUGUCUGUGACGGCUUUUCUCUUCUCCCUCCUCUUCCUGGGCCUGUUCCUGUCUGGCAUGGUGACUCAGAUUGAUGCCAACUGGAACUUCCUGGAUUUUGCAUACCAUUUUACAGUGUUCGUCUUCUACUUCGGAGCCUUUCUCCUGGAAGCAGCAGCCACAUCCCUGCAUGACCUGCGCUGCAACACGACCGUGACGGUGCAGCCGCUCUUGAGCGAUAACCAGUAUAACAUAAACGUAGCAGCCACAAUUUUUGCCUUUGUGACAACAGCUUGUUAUGGUUGCAGUUUGGGUCUGGCUUUACGAAGAUGGCGACCGUAACACUCCUUAGAAACUAACGGUCUGUGUUGGUCUCAUUUGUCUAUUUUAUAUGUCUGAUCAAUUUGGAUACCAUUUUGUCCAGAGAGAACAACAUUCCGAAAGUAAUCUGUUUAGUAUGUGGAGAGAAUCUAAAUAACAAGUUUGGUUCAUUUCAUGGAUGGAAUUUUAAUGUUAUUAUGAUGUUAAACAGAGAAAUGACCUUUAAUUUUACAUCUGUCUCUUUUUUAAAGAAAAUUUUCCUUUCUUGCCAUAAAAUAUACAGAUACUGCUCAUGAAAAAAGGGUAUCUCUUUUGUUUAAUUGCUGAGUCACUUAGACCUUAAUUUUAAUAGGUAACAAAAAUUUCCUUAACAAAAAAACUAAAAGCAAAAACAAACCACAUUUUAAAUAGCCUUCCCACUGAACUCUGUCUUUUAGCAUAAAACAGAGAUUGGCACCCUUUUUUCUAAAGGUCCAGAUGGUAAAUAAUUCAGGCUUUGCGGGCCAUGCAGUCUCUGUUGAAAAAAUUCAACCCUGCUGUUACUUUGUGGAAGCAGCCACGGGCAAGAGCAAAUGAAUGAGUGAGUGUGUGUCCCGAUAAAACUUGAUUCAGGAAGACAGGAAGCAGGCUGGAUUUGGCCUGUGGGCUGCAGGUUAUAGUUUGCCGACCUCUGGUGUGACACCUUAGUUAUAUAUUAUGUAUUUUACGGAACUGAUCCCGAAAGGUAUAAAACGAGAUAAAUCAUGUAAUAUUUAGCCUCAUUAUGCAAUAAUCACGUUGCCUUUGUGUUAAUGGUCAAGUACUUACCCUUGAAGUGGUGGAUAGUUUUUCAGGCAAAUUCAAGCAGAGUCUUGGGUACAGGGAAAAGUAAUUUGUGAAGUAAAUCCUAGUUGCUUAAUCAAACUAAGGAUCUCUUAACAACUGAGCAGACUUCUCAUCUGGCAUCCUUCAAAUGAGAUCCCCAGAGACCAUUCACCACUACUGGAACUGGUAUCUAGCCACUUAUGUCUUACUUUGGGUUUAUUUAUGCUUCAGAAUAUAGCUGUUUGUCCUGUGCAUGAACAUACGAAUAUUUGUGUGUGGAUAUAUGAGGCUUUACCAAAUAGAACUUCCCUAAAGAGUUAACUUUUUACUUCUCAUUAUUUCACAUUACUUUCUCAGUUAAAUUUGAAUAGAGUAUUAAAUAUAAUUUAAAGUUGAAGCUUCUUACGUGUUUUGAUAAUAGCCCCCCGACAUCUUUGUUGUUUUGCAUUGGUAACAGAUAUAUGAAAUCAGUUGUAAAACAACAGCCAUCCUAAAAACUUGUCUCUGGUCGAAUUGCACCGAAAAUACCUUAAUGCAUCUGUUAGAGACCCUGGUUGUGGGAAGGUGCCAAAAAAUGGCUUGAAUGGGAGAACAAGUAAGAGUUCAGUCCCAGAUCCCACCACACUGUCCAAGCAGGAUACUUAUGUCCUGCCCCAGGUGGGCUUCCUCUGGGAAAAGAGGGGUUUGACCAUUCAAAACAUUCAGCCCUUUGCCCUUUUUUUUGGCUGAGUCAUCCCCUAAGAGUGCCAUGUCUGAAUUGUGCUACUAGAUUUCUUCGAACGUAGAACCAUCCCAAAUGAGUCACAUGAUCAAUGCUGAGUUAGCAGAUGGUAUUUAUAUAAUAAUCCCCUAGAAAGAAGAAUCUUAUCAAAGUUUGGUUCGUGAUAUACAGACGCGUUUCAGUAUGUGGCAAGAAGAAAUCAGUCUAAGACUUUCAACUCAUGUCCUAUCUUUUCUAUAGUAUCUGACUUCCUUGGUUUUUCUAGCUUCAUACCACACACUUAAACCUGUAUUAUGAAUUGUAUAUUACAAAGUCAUAAAUGUGCCAUAAGGAUAUAUAGUUCAUUCAAGUUGGAAUCGUUUAAAGUUAGUCUGCUAGAUUUAGUUGUGAGAUUUUAUUUUUGUUUCCAGAGUAUAACAGGUCUGUGCUUGGUGGCAUUAAAUUAAAUGAUUUCAUGAAAUGGCUUUAGUGGCACUUUUGUAAAUGGAUUGCUUCUAGAUCAUUAAGAACCAAGCCUAAAACUCAUCUGACUGUGAAUACCUACAUUUGUAGAUUAAUCGUGUUCUGGGUUUGCGAAUUGAGUGACAAAGCACUUGAACAAAAAUUAUGACAUUUGAGAAUUUCUUUAUAUAUGCUGUAGAGAUGAGAAAGUGUUGGUUGGUUUUAAAAUCUGGUUACUCCAUGAUGAAAAGAAAUUUAUUUUAUAAGUGUUAUGACUCUAAUAAAGUAUUCAUUUGAUAAUC